UGUUCAUCAAUUAGCAAUUCCAUUCGAGAUUUGAAAGACAGAGUAUUAAUAGAUAAUUCAACAUUUAAAGCUUUGCAAAUAUUUUCGAAACGUGGACAUGAAGCUGGAUUUAAAAGAGGUCUAAAUUCUAGUGAUAGGGAAGGAUUGAGCGUUUUCAAAUUAUUUUCUCUAAACUGCAAAUCGAAAAUUGGAUUAAUGACUCUGAAGAACAUACUUUUGAAUCCUAUAAAUAAUAUCGAUAUCCUUAAUCAGAGAUUAGAUUUUAUUUAUUUUGUGCUACAACCCAGCAAUAGAGAAUUCAUUGAAAGCUUAAGAGAACAUUUACAAGGAAUUGUUGGCGACACUAACGUUAUUUUAACAAGAAUUGAAAAUUCUCAAGCAAAAGUUCGAGAUUGGGAAGUUUUAUAUGAAACUAUCUACCAUGCUAAUUGUAUAAGAGAACUCAGUUCUCCGUACAGGGAAAAAUGUUCACUAUUUUUGGAAUUAGAUGAAAUCAUAUCACCGAACUUGAUGAGUUUGGAAGAAUCAAUAAGAAACGGUAUAGAUUUUAAAGCUAGCAAACAACGCGGGAAACCUUUGAUUAGAUAUGGAUUGGACGAGACACUAGACGCAAAAAUGUUGAGACGACAAGAUAUCAUUAACGACGUAAUGGCAGCUGCACGCUUUGCAGCAGAAAAUUUACCAGAUUUUUUGGACGAAUGUUCGGUGGUUUAUUUACCGGAAAUGGGACAUUUACUCGCUGUUAAAGAGUGGGAAAAAGAUUGUAAUCCCGAAGAUUUGCAAUAUUUAGAUUUCCGUUUUAUGUUUAAAAUAGGUGGGAAAAUCCUUUACAAGAAUCCUAUGUGUGUAGAAUUGGAUAAUCGCCUCGGUGACAUUGUUUCUGAAAUUAUCGAUCAUGAAAACCGUAUAAUUCGAAGAUUAUCUGGUUUUAUUUUGAAAUAUAAUAGAGAUAUAACUGAACCAUUAAAAAAAAUUGGAAUGAUUGAUAGUUUGAUUGCUAUGGCAUUGACAGCGUCGAGCAAAAUGUAUACAAGACCAUUUUUGAAUAAACAAAAUUAUUAUGUAUUAGAAGAUUGUAGACAUCCUCUAAUGGAACACCUCAUCGAGCAGUUUCAAUCCAACCAUUUCUUUUCCGGUGGUCAAUUUAGCAGAAUGAAAAUAAUUACAGGUCCUAACGGAAGCGGGAAGAGCGUUUAUUUGAAGCAAAUAUCGUUAACAAUAUAUUUAGCUCAUGUGGGAUCAUAUGUACCUUGUACAAAAGCAGAUAUAAGUUUGUUGGAUUCAAUGCAUUCUAGAUUGUGCUCCACCGAAUCUGCAACUGUCAGAUUAUCAUCUUUUAUGAUAAAUGCAUCACAGAUGGCUCACGCUCUGACAGCUUCUUCUUCGUCUUCACUUAUACUAAUGGAUGAAUUUGGAAAAGGUACAUCGGUGGAAGAAAGUGCUUGUUUUCUCGAAGGUGUUUUGGAGCAUUUCCUCAACAGAAAAAAUAAUUGUCCACAUAUAUUAGUUUCGACUCAUUUUCAAAAUAUUCAUACUAAAAUUCCACAAUCACAUUUGAUUCAAUACCAAAAAAUGAUGCAUACAAAUGAGAACGGGGUGUUGUAUUUCCUUUAUAAAAUUUCUGACGGAGUUUCAAAUAGUUUUGCUAUAGAAGUUGCAGAGGCAAUUGGGAUAGAUGCACAAAUUAUCAAAAGAGCAAAAGAAUAUUAUCGUUGUUUGACUAAUAACGAACCAUUUACACCAUUAAAUAAGCUUCUUAAAAGGAAUAACUUUGAUCCGACCAAUUUAGAUGUUCUAAACAUACCAAGUUUAGAUGAAGAAAGUCUUCAACAUUCAAUUAUUUAAUAAAGAUCAUUUUUUAGUUAAGAUUUUGAUUAAUACAAACAUGAUACUUUGAUUUAACAAAUUACAGCAAUAAUUGUAUUAUUUUUGAAAUCAUUAAAUAAAUAUACAUUUUCUUUCUUUGAUGUCCUAAAACUGAAAAAAAUAUUUAAAAAAUUCCGUAUCAAUUUUUUUACAAUACUAAAUUUUAUAUUUUGAUUUUAAGUAAAAUUUUUAUUUAGUUGAAA